AUGCGUCUACAAACCGCCGCGGAUGCACUCCGUUGCAAGACCUUCCCCAUGUUUCUGAAGGGUAAGGCCCGGCUCUGGUUCCAGGGCCUGGCACCGGGGUCUAUCUGGAGUUUCACCGAGCUGGCCAGACAGUUCACCGCCCAGUUCGUCUCCUCGAAGACUUACUCGAAAAACGUGGCCCACCUGAUGGCCAUCAAGCAGAAGCCGGACGAGUCCCUGAAGAAUUUAAUGACUCGCUUCAACACAGAAAGCCUGCAGAUCAGGGACAAGGAUGAAAAGAAGGUCAUGGCUGCCUUCAUGAACGGGCUAAGGGUAGAAGAACUCUACUACAAGCUUGCCGAACAGCCCCCCAAAAACCUGGAAGAGCUCUUGACCCGGGUUCACGCCGCCGCCAACGCAGAGGAGGCCACCCGCCUGAAACGACAGUCAGAUCGGGAAUUCGGGGAUCGGAGAGGACGGGGAAACCCCCUUGAAACCAAGGACGGCCAAACCAGGAAGAACGUCUUCGAUCGCCUCUCUAAGGAUAAAGCCCCCGCUCAACCGCCACUCCCGGAAAAAGGGUAUACACCCCUGACUCGGCCAAGGGCACAGAUCCUGGCUUUGAUGGAGGCAGAGGGUCUAGGAGGACGGCCGCCCAAGAUGGGGACGCCCCGGAAUAAAAGGAACCAGGACCGGUACUGUGCCUUCCACCGUGAUGUAGGGCAUGAUACGGAGGGAUGCUGGGCCUUGCGGAAGGAGAUUGAAGACCUGAUCCAGCGCGAUUUCUUGGGGCGGUUUGUGCAGCCAGGUCGGCCGGGCCAGGAGCGUGGACGUGCCUACCGCGAAGAGAGGGGCGAAGGCUACCGCCCUGAGCGGCGUGACGCGGCCCGAGGACACUCCCCCGACCAGGACACUCAGGACUUGGCAGGGGUUAUAAAUACCAUAGCCGGGGGUCCCACGGGAGGAGACAGCCAUACAGCCCUGAAGAACAGGCGACCUCCCCCCGAUGGAGAUGAUUCACUGAAGUGUCUGCGCAUGGAUGAGGAGAUCACCUUCGGACCAAGGGACGCGGUUCCCUUGGCAUCCGGAAAUCAUGAGGCCAUCGUAAUAGACGUCGUCACCAAUAAUUAUCGGGUGAAGAAAGUGUACGUCGAUCAGGGAAGUGCAGUGGACAUCCUGUUCUACAGGGUGUUCAAGGUGCUCGGCCUGGAAGAUGGACAGCUAACCCCUGUUCGAACACCUCUAGUAGGCUUUACCGGCCCACCCAUCAAUCCGGAGGGGAUGAUCACCCUGAUGGUCACAGUAGGUCAGGCACCCAGAUGUCGGACCAUCCCUGUCAACUUUGUGGUGGUCAAGCAGCCUUCCCCGUACAACAUAUUCCUAGGUCGGCCCGCUUUGAAUGCCCUCCGAGCGAUUCCCUCAUCGCUACGCCUCAGCGUCAAAUUCCCCGCCCCGGGAGGAGUUGCCGAGGUGCAUGGAGAUCCGGAGGUGGCCCGAGCUUGUUACCUAGCCAUGCUCCUGGGACACGAGAAGGUGGUCGCUCAGGUGACCAGCUUGGAGCCUUACAUCCCGGGGGAGGAGGAUCGGCAGCUGGGCACUCAGGAUGAGAUCGAGAAGUUCCCAUUGAAAGAUGACAGGCCUGACCAGGUAAUCCGCAUCGGUGCGUCGCUACCGCCCAAAGAGAAGGAUGACUUGAAGGCCCUCCUAAGGGAGUACGCCCAGGUUUUCGCUUGGACAGUGGAGGACAUGCCUGGGAUCCCGACUGACCUGGCCGUCCACCACCUCAACAUAGACCCCCGCUUUAAGCCAGUGAAGCAGAAGAAGAGGAACUUCGCUCCAGAGAGAAAUGAGGUGAUCAGGAAGGAGGUCGGAAAGCUGCUGGAAUCCAAAAUCAUCAUGGAGGUCUACUACCCGACCUGGCUAGCCAACCCUGUUCUGGUAAAGAAGGAGGACCAGUCCUGGAGAAUGUGCGUUGACUUUACAGAUCUCAAUAAAGCCUGCCCGAAGGACUGCUUCCCCUUGCCGAGGAUCGACAGGUUAGUAAAUGCUACUGUUGGUUUUGACGUUUUGUGUUACCUGGAUGCCUUCAAGGGAUACCACCAGAUAGAGAUGGCUGAGGGAGAUCGGGAAAAAACUUCGUUCAUCACCGAGGAAGGGACCUACUGCUACCGGAUAAUGCCAUUCGGGCUGAAGAACGCCGGAGCUACUUACCAGCGUUUGGUCAACAAAUUAUUCCAGAACCAGAUCGGCAGGAACAUGGAGGUUUACGUGGACGACAUGAUCGUCAAGAGCCGAGCAGGACCCCAACUCGUCCCCGACCUGAGGGAGAUCUUGAACAUCCUCUGGGAAAGCCGGAUGCGGUUGAACCCGAAGAAGUGCACCUUCGGAGUUAGGUCGGGCCGGUUCCUCGGUUUCCUGGUCUCCCGAGAAGGGAUCCGGGCGAACCCCAAAAAACUCCAGACCAUCAUGGACAUGGCCACUCCACGGAAUGUGAAAGAGGUCCAGCGACUCGCGGGAAGGAUGGCCGCUCUGAACAGGUUCCUCUCACGGUCUGCGGUAAGGGGGCUCCCCUUCUUCCGAAUCCUAAAAGCGCCCAAGGACUUUCAGUGGACCGAAGAGUGCCAGAGGGCCUUCACCGACCUGAAGGCGUAUUUGACCGAGCUGCCCACCCUGACCGCCCCGAAGCAGGGAGAAACGUUGUUCCUGUACCUGUCCGCUUGCAACGAGGCCGUCAGCGCGGUUUUGGUGCGGGAAGACAGGGGGGCUCAGAGGCCAAUAUAUUAUGUUAGCCGCGCCUUACAAGGUCCGAAAACGCGGUAUACUCCGGCAGAGAAAUUGGUCCUCGCCCUGGUACAUGCUGCCCGGAAGCUCCGACCAUACUUCCAGGCCCACAGCAUUGUGGUCAGGAUCGAUCAGCCCUUGCGACAGAUACUCAUAAAACCUGAGGUCUCGGGUAGGAUGACUAAGUGGGCCGUCGAGCUCGCCGAGCACGACAUCGGCUACCAGCCCCGCACCGCUAUCAAAGCCCAGGCCCUAGCAGACUUCCUCGCCGAAGGGGCCAGUCUGUCCACAACUGAGCCGAGCUUCCUGCCCGAGGAGGCCCGGCCGGAAGAGCUUUGGGUACUAUUCGUGGAUGGGGCCUCAAGCAAGGAGGGAAGCAGAGCUGGCCUGCUACUCACCUCGCCCACAGGGGAAGAGCUGACCUACGCGCUCCGGUUCGACUUCCCGGCAUCCAAUAACGAGGCCGAGUACGAGGCCCUAUUGACAGGGUUGCAGAUAGCCCACCAGAUGGGUGUAACCGCGAUCAAGGUUAGGAGCGAUUCUCAACUCGUAGUCAACCAAGUCCGCAGGGAGUACGAAACUAAGGAGGACGUCAUGAAGAAAUACUUGGCCAAGGUACGAGAGGCGAGAGCCCUGUUUGACAUUUUCGAGAUCGAGCGGGUGCCGAGGUCACAGAACAAGCGGGCGGACGCCCUGUCAAAAUUGGCAUCCUCCUCGUUUGCCCACCUUUGCAAGGAGGUCCUAAUCGAGGUGGUCGAGCAAAAAAGCGUUGAUCAGGUUCAGGUCCUGGCCAUAGACAGCCCAGCCUCAUGGAUGGCCCCCAUCGUAGAUUUUCUCAGCUCGGGAGACCUCCCCGCCAACAAAAUCGAAGCCCGCCGACUCCAGCUCAGAGCUGCUAAGUACGCCUACGCCGGGGGGACCCUCUACAGGAGGUCCUAUUCAUCCCCCGGCUAA